AUGAUGAAGCUGGUGGUGUUGUCUUGCGUCCUGGCCGCGGCGUCGGCCUCCAGUCUCCUUGCUGGAUACGUAGCUCCGAUAGCUUACGCUGCGACUUACAUUCAGCCCAGCAACUACCGUGGACCCCUCUCCCUUGCUCCAGGUCAACCCGCUAACAUUCUCGGUGCCGAUGGACGGCCUUUGGACACUUUGGAUGUGAACUUGGACCGCGCCGCUCACUACAACUCCAAGUAUUUCGGUGGACUUCAUGUUCUUAAGAAACGGUCAUUGAUCGCUCCAUACGCUGCUCCUAUUAUUGCUCCCUAUGCUUACUCUGCACCCCUUUGGCAACCAUACAACUACCGUGGUCCACUCUCCCUUGCUCCCGGACAGCCCGCCAGCAUCCUCGGUUCUGACGGUCGUCCCCUUGACACUUUGGAUGUAAACCUAGACCGGUCAGCUCAUCUCACCGCCAAGGCCCUGGACAGUGGAGUUCAUCUUCUGAAGAAGCGGUCUGUAGUCGCUGUCGCUCCCGUAAGCACCAUCGCCGUCGCCCGGACGCCGCUGAUCGCUUCCCACUACAGUUAUGCUGCUCCCAUUGCUGCUCCCAUUGCUGCUGCCCCUCUUAGCCCGAUCACAUACGCCGCACACUACGCCCACUUCCUAGCGCCCUCCAAAAUAACAUUUCUCACUUAUGUAUAUAAAGGCAAGUGA